AUGAGCCAUAAUUCUAACACUGAUGUUACAUUGUAUUUGUUCGAUAAUAGUACAACACGCCUAAUUAAUAAGGGACAUCAGAAGCCAGAACGUAGGUUCAUUGCAUUUUGCAAUCCCCAUCUUCACAGGAGUUUUGUGGGUAUAAGGUGGUGUUCUAGUUUCUGGAAAAAUAUUCUUUUUGAAAAAGAAGAUAAGAGCAAUCAAACUUGUGCUUCCGAGCUAUGUCCAUUGGAGAAAGAGAAGGGCAUUUUACUAUUGCACAAAGAAAAUUACAACGCUCCCCUCUCUCGCCGUAGCUCUCAAUCUCUACAAGUUCUUAACUUAACGGCCCGUUUGGAUGCGGGGAAAGAAUUUGGGUGGUGGGGCACUUUCCUUUGUUAUUUUCUUUGUUCUUAUCGCCAAAGCCCAAGAGGGAGAGAGAAAGAGAACGGCGGCAGCAGCAGCAGCAGCAACAGUAGCAGGAGGAGGAGGAGGAGGAGAAGAAGAAGAAGAGAGAACGGCUACGACACACUCCCUCUCUCCGAUCCCAGCUCGAACCAGGCAGCCGUCGACAAUUUGGCCCACAGCAGGGGAACGUCCAUUGUCAUGGAAAUGACUUCCGGGGAGAACACAGAGCAGCCAUACGCAAGGAGCCUUGGCUACCUCAAAUUCCUCAAAACGAAUAGGACCCACCAGCCUUUGGCCUUGUUUGCUACAUGGAAAACCCAAGUGUGUAUCACAUUCUACUAUUCUAGAGUGUUCUGUUUUGUUGCGAUUCUAAGAGAAGAUAUUUUCUAGUCAUAUGCAUGGUGCAUGGUUCUCUUUUCCUGAGGCCCCGAUUUUAAAUUGUAUCCUUCAAAUUUUAGUAAC